AUGAAGUCAGAACCUAGCUCAAAAAGGACUGAAAAUAAAAUCGCGAGUGGCGAGAAUAGCAACUCGAGAAAGGGCCUGAACGUAGAGAUUCAUCCAGCUUUAUUGUCAGAAAAUGUUAACCUAAUAAGGCAUCAGGACAAUCCUUAUCUGGAGCAUGAAAAGCUAUACAAAAUCACUGGAGCUUCGAAAGUUGCCAAACGAUAUUCGAGAGGAUUGAAGUUUCAUGAACCAGGUGUUUUAUCGAAACAAAUCGAAGAGCAACGAGCGCAAUUAGCAAAACAAGAAGAAGUAAAGAAACAAGAAGAUGAGAUAAAAAAAGCCAAGGUACGAACCGGGGAACUACCAGAUAAGUCAAUCGGGGAGCAUAAUUACUUGAUAACUUCUGUUCCACAAAUAGAAUGGUGGGAUGUAUCUUAUGUGGAAAAUACGGAUACUUGGGAAGUAAAGCAGAAGUACGAGGACUGCACAAUUGGGCUUGAAGAAUCAGAAGAAGAAGACGAGAAAUUGAAAAUCCCGAGUCUUCGUUAUGUGCAGCAUCCUGUGCCGGUUACGAUAUCCGAAAGCACGGAAGGUCAGCAAGUCCCGAAAGUGUAUCUUGUUAGAAAAGAACAGAAAAAGAUCCGGCGUAAUCGCAGGAAACUUCUCCGAGAAGAGCACGAGGAAAAAGUCCGGCUGGGAUUAAAACCAAAGCCUGUCCCUAAGGUUAAACUGAGCAAUAUCAUGAACGUCUACCAGAAUUCCGAAAAUAUAUCAGAUCCCACGAGUUGGGAACAAACUGUGAAAGCCCAAGUGGAAGAGAGACACCAAAAACAUGUUGAGACAAAUAUAAGGCGGCAUUUAGAAGCGCAGGAACGCAAGCAGGAAUUGAGCGCUCAUCAUGGCGCUUCAUCUACAAAUUCGGAAUUUCAUUGUAAAGUAUUCCUGCUCUCCAGUCUACGAAACCCAAAGAUCAGAUACAAACUAGCAACAAAUAGCAGGCAACUUAAACUUCGCGGAGUUUGCCUUCGAGUAGGCGAAGAUGGGCCAGGUAUUCUCGUUGUGAUUGGAUCCGAAAAGCACUGCCGGUUUUACUCAAAGUUGGUGUUGCAGAGAAUCAAAUGGACAGAUUCUUUUUUGAACUCAGAUACGGGUCAGCUCACGGACUGUAGCAACGAUGUAGCUUCAUUAGCAUGGGAGGGCAUACUUAAGGAAACGAGAUUUCACGGAUGGUUUAUGAAGGAAUGCAAGUCGUCAGCUGAACUAAAUGAUAUAUUGUCGCAAUACGAUGCCGAUUGGCUGUACCGGUUAUUUGAGCAAGAAAAUUCUACAUUGUGUUCGACAAAGUAA